AUGAGCUUUAUACCAUCUUCAUCGGGAUCAGUCAACGGCCGCGGCGCACACCCCAAUGGAAGCGCCGCAAACACAAACGGCGACGUUCCCAAAUCCACAGAGGCAUACGAAAACAAUGGCAGCUCACCAUCAUCCUCGACAUACCCUAUGAACGGUUUCUCCCACCCGACGCCAUACCAGUCUUCACACAACGAGGAAAUCGUGAAUCAUCUGUAUCAUUCAGGAUUCCAAACAGGGAAUUAUGCUGACACGACUUUGCAUGUGCGCCAAAAUGUAUACCGCCUACACGCGAUCAUCUUGUCUCGUUCGCCAUAUCUUGCCCACUCCAUGUCCACUUCUCCACAAACGACCGGACAGCGAAUGAUAUACGUUAACUUAGAUCAAGAGCCGGAAGUAACGCAGGAGGGUUUUGCUAUAGCCCUGGGGUUCCUUUACUCAUCCAUUUCUCUAAAUCUUGUUCGAUCCGAAAAUGCGCGAGCUGUCUUGGCUGCUGGAUGUUUGCUUGGUGGGACGGAGGAGCUUUGCAGCUUCGCCUAUGAUGUAUGCAGACAAUCCCUUUCUGUGGAGACCAUCGGCGGUUGGCUCGAGUUCAUUGACUCGACGACGGUCUCGACAGAUGGCUCAGUUACGCCCGACAUUUCUUCGACCGUGUUUGGACACUAUGCCCAGAGGCUGAGGGAUGAUGUAUUCCAUUUCCUCGUGGUCACGCUUCCUGAAGUUCUGGAAGUCGCCCAGCGAGCCGGACAAGAAUCCAAUGUUAACCCCGCUGGGCGUGACGUUUUGCUGCAAGUAUAUUCCCAGGUUCCUUUUGAGAUGUUCAAGACGGCGGUCGAAUCCCAGACGUUUGAGAUUGGACCGGUCCAGGCUCGGUUUAAAUUCGCCAAGGACGCUAUUGAACUGCGUAAGCGUGGGAUUGCACGGGGAGUCGGGGCGGAGGAGACGGUCGUCCUAGCGUUUGGUGGAGGGAAUAAUCUCGGGGACCAUUCUGUGCAUGUGACGCGGAAGAUGCGCAAACGGCCGUUGUGGAAGGUCAAUACUUAG